GCGGCCCACAUUACUUAAGCCUGCCGCGUAACUCCCCGUACGCUUUCUCGUGCAAAAAUGCUUUUAAUGUAACAACAAUUACACGCGAACAAAAACUAAACUCGAUCGGCGGCAACUAGUGUCGGUACGAGCGAGUCGUCGGCGUCGCGUCUCAAAGGGACUCUCGUUUGAGUUGUUUGAGCCUUAUUUGGAGUGUUCAUACGGGUAGGCCUCGUCGGAGCCUUACGUGUUUCCUGAGCAGCCUGCCCGCGGUCAUGUGAGACCGGCGAGCCGCGGGGACCCGGGACCCGCACCUCGGGGGGGGGGGGGGGGGUCGUUGGACGCUCACGAAAGCUGUCGGUCUCAUACAUACGGAAAUAUAUACAUGGACACAUAUACACUUUAAUAGCUCCACAACUAUGUGCACGUACAUAUACGUUUAAAGUAUAGUGUACAUACACGUAGACACGAAUACAAAUGCUAUUACGGUACAGUCAUAACUACACGCAUAACGACACAAUCAUACAAACACUUCUUUCAUAGACACGCACAGACACCUCCACACAGUUGUACACCCGAACAGACACGUCCAUACACACCUACACACUCGUCCGACGAGUCACACACCUACAAAAUAUACCCAGACACACCUACACAAUAUACCCAGACACCUACACACACGUGUUCUCUCGCAUACCUACACAAUAUACCCAGACACACCUACACACGUGUACUCACACACCUAGACACACACACCUACACACGUGUACUCGCACACCUAGACACACAAACCUACAUACACGUGUACUCACACACCUACACUAUACCCAGACACACACACCUACACACGUGUACUCACACACCUAGACACACAAACCUACAUACACGUGUACUCUCAAACACCUACACAAUAUACCCACACACACAAUAUACCCAGACACACCUACACACGUACUCACACACCUAGACACACACCUAUACAUACACGUGUACUCACACACCUAGACACACACACCUAGACACACACACCCACACACACGUAUUCUCUCACACACCUACACAAUAUAACCAGACACACACCUACACACGUGUACUCACACACCUAGACACACACCUACACACACCUGUACUCACACACCUAGACACACACACCUACACACACCUGUACUCUCACACAGCUACACAAUAUACCCAGACACACACCUACACACGUGUACUCACACACCUAGACACACACACCUACAUACACGUGUACUCACACACCUAGACACACACACCUACAUACACGUGUACUCUCACACAGCUACACAAUAUACCAUCCGCCAUGCUUCGCCGCGCCAGAAUCAGCGUGAAGCCGAACGUUCGUCCCAGCACGGGCCGGGCGGGAGCCGGCAUCCUCGAGGCAGGCAGCCGGGACCGCGGGGGACAGAAAGCCGAGGGAGCCGAGGUAGCCGGGGAAGCUCCCGAGGCGACGCCGGCAGCUCCAGAGACUCAAGCCGCCACGUCACGGACACCACCAAGCCGGACUGUCGAGACAGACUCCGAACGCCGGCUACCGGAGGAGGCUGCUGCUGCUGCUGCUCCGGCCACUGCGACUCCUGCUGCUGCUGUUGCUCCUACUAAACUGAUUGCUUCUCCUGCUGCUCCUGUUUCUUCUACUUCUACCACUGCUUCUUCAGUUGCACCUAUUGCUGAAGCUGGUACCUCUACCGCUGCUGCUAGUUCUGGUCUUGUUGCUUCCACUGCUGCAGCUGUUGCUCCUGAUGUCUUGAUUCCUCUGGGUGCUGCUAAUCUCGUUGCGUCUGCAGAUGACAACGCUGCUGCUGCUGAUGAUGUAGUUGCAACGCCUGCUGCAUCUGUUGAUGCCGAUGCAGACGUUGUUACUUCAGCUGCCCCACUCACUUCUGUCACUCCACAUUCCAGCCCUUCGAUUGUUGCUGUACCUCCGACUCUUGCUGCUACUGGUGCUGCAGUUCCUUCUGCAGACCUUGCACAUUCAGCUGCAUCUAAUCCUGCCGCACAUUCUCCGCCAUCUGCUCAUAUCGUUACUGCUCCACCUGUUGCUAUUUCUCUUCUUACUGAAACUAUUUCUGCAAUUACUCCUACAACUACUGCUGCUGCAUCAUCUACUGCUGCGUGCAGUGCUGCACGCUCGCAGCAGCACGCCACGGCAGGAGAUGAGCCAAUGCGCCCGGGCCCUGACUCCAAUUUGCUUUCUUCAUCUGCUGAUGCCUUCGAAGAAGCCACAACGUUGUCGAUUGCUGCUGCUGCUUCUGCGCGCCACCACCGCAGCGCCCGUGCUCCCGCCACCGCUGCCGCCGCCGCCACCCCCUCAAGACCGGACGCUGGAAAGCUGCUGCCGCAGUCUCGCCGUAAGCGCCUGUCCGCCGCGCCGAUCAUCCCUCGCACCCGGGCAGCCGCUCACGCUCCUGUUCCAGCCGGUCCUGCCAAGAAACCACCGGCCUCGCUUCCUGCCGAGAAUGGGACCGCCAGCAAGCUCACCGCCGCAGCCACCGUCGAAGGACCUCGUGACCCGUGGGGGUUGUCGACCAGUGAGGCAUCCGGUGAAGUGUCGCCGGCAUUGCCCGUCAAACCGCCUACCGGCGAGACGCAAUAUUCACCGGUUGGCCCCUCGGGUGCGGAUGCAGUGGAGGCGGUGGACCAUGCACAGGAGGUAUAUGAAAGGUCACCAAUGGUGCCUGACUGGCGUGUGACGGAUAGUGAAACUCCUGGCCCGGUAACUUUAGCACAGCUUGGAGUGAGCGCUCAGGAACCGGCAAGCGGGGCAGUGAAGUGUGCUGCUACUAUCGGAGCCGAUGCCGAAACGCCACCGGUAGCGCAAUCAGCAGAGGUUUCCGGAGCUCCCGGGAGCACCGCAGCUUUGCCGGGCAGGCCUGCGGAGCCGAGCAGGAGUGAGAUUUCAAAGAAGCUGCUAGCGUCGCUGAAGAAGAGCCUGCUGAAGCCGCCGGCAUUGUCGGUGAAGGCUGCACCGGCGGGAGCCGAUGACGACGACGACUACGACGACGACUCCGGGACGGCGGUGGUGACCGCGCGAGAUGGCUCGGCACGGCCUGGGACCGCCGGUGGUGCCGGUGGUGGUGGGGGAGGCGGAGGAGGGGCGAGCGGGACCAAUGCUGGCAGGACCCAACCAAGGCCCAACUUUAAAAAGUCGUCGCGUACGGUGCAAAAGACAGCUCGGGAGCUGGCUGAGAAGACCGAGGCUAAGAAGGCUGCCCGCAAGCUGGCGUGGCGCACGUGGGAGCAGCACCAGUCGGCCCCCGACCGCUCGCAGAUGACGAUGAAGGACCUGCUCUACUGGGUGCCCAGAAACAACCCCAUGCUCCGUCUCAAGUCGGAGGAUGGGAAGCUGCUGCCGGAAAAGCGCUUCGACAAGUACCCCAAGGGCGAUCGGUCGGCGGCUCACGGCGACGGCGGCAGCGGCGGCUCCCUCGAGCUGACCCCUCCUGACGGCCCCACCUCCCCGCUGCCGCCGCUGCCACCCCCGGAUUGUUCGAACGAUCCGGCUCCUUCCCCGAGCCCCGCUGCCGCUCCCGCCGCCGGCGUCCCUGCUCCUCCGUCCGACGCCGCCGCCGCCGCUGCCUCGAACGCGUCUGUCCCGUCCACCCCGUGCGCGCCGGCGUCGAGCGACUCGCCAGCGGACGUCUCUCCGGCGGCGGCAGCUGCGCCGUCGCUAAGCCCCGCGGGCGACGCGCAGUCGCUGCUCGUGCCGCAGGUCAGGGUCGCCGAGGACGGCUCCAUCGUGCUCAACGAGGACAGCCUGAUGGUGGAGGUGUCGCGCACGGAGGGGCUGCCCCCCGUGUCGGACUGCGACCCCAUCCACGAGUACGGCUCCCACACCACCUACUCGAGCUUCCGCAAGAGCUACCACGCCAAGCAGUGGGGCCUCCUAGAGACCGAGCUGUUUUUCCUGGCCAUCAGCAUGGUCGGCAUGGACUUCUCCAUGAUCGGACAGCUCUUCCCCAACCGCUCGCGCGUCGACAUCAAGAACAAGUUCAAGCGCGAGGAGCGGUGCAAUCCCCGCAAGAUCGACCAGGCUUUCCGCAACAAGUUGCCGCUGGACGUGUCGUGCUUCGAGACGCUGCUGCAGGAGUUCGAGCGGCAGAAGACGGAGGCGCUCAAUCGGGCGCCCGACUCCAAGGGCAGGCGGCGGCGCAAGUACCACCCAAAGAAGACGGGGCGACGCAGGAGCGACGCGGACAGCGACGACGGCGACGCCGACUGCUGGAGCGAGAGCGGCGGCGAGAGCGGGACCGGAGCGGCGGCCACCGAAACCCGAGCCAGAACCGCCGCCCAGAGCGCGACGGAGAGAGCGAUCGGAGCGUCGGCUGCCACCCAAAACGGAAUCGGAACGGAAAUCCGAACCGGGACCAGAACCGUCACCGAAACUCAAACGGGAACCGAGACGCCGACCGGAACGGCGACUCCAGGAACCGGAGGGUCCACGGCGGUCCCCGAGCCCCCGCCGCCCCCCCCCGCGCCCAGUGGCCUGGAGGAGGCGGAGCUGCUGCUGUCGCUGGGCUGCGAAAUCGCUCGCGGCGCCGGCGCCGGCACGGGCGCGGAUGCGGGCGUCCCGGCGCCGGAACCGUCCCCCGAGUUGGUGGUGGAAUCGGCAGAACGCCGAGACGAGCGCAGUGGGGGUGACGAAGACAUCGACGACGAAGAAGAUUUUGAGCGUGUCAAAGAGAGGAUGUUGAGUCACCCGACGAGGUCCGGGCGCAGGCCCAAGCCCACGGCGUUCUACAGCACCGGCUCGGCGGGACCCGGCGGCGACACGCCGGUCAAGGAAGGGGGGGGGGCGGCCAAGCGGCCGCGGCGACGCGAGGCCCAAGACCCCGCGGCCCCAGUGAGGCCCAAGCCGAGGCCUAGCACGUGUGCACGGAAGCCGCCGCUGCCGCCGAUGAGGCCUCCUCGUCGGGACGCGACGGACAAGGCGACGGUGCUGGCAACUCGCGGCCGGGGGGGCCUGGUGACUCUGCGUGCCGUGCUCCCUCCCGAGGAGGAGGAGGAGGGGCGGGGUGGGGGGGACCGCGCCAGCGAGCGGCGCCACCGCGCCAGCUGUCUUGCGGCGGCGGCGGCGACGCCGGCACCCCCCGUGAGGCCGGAGCACAUGAGCUGCGCGCCAGCGUUCGUGCCGGUGUGCCUGCGUUCCCCCGAGCCGCAGCCGCUCACGGAGCACAUGGAGGAGCAGGUGGAGCUGUCGGAAGGCGACGCGAUGCUGGAGGAGCUGGUAGUGACGUGCGUGGAAGAGAUGGUGGUCGCCGAUGACGACGAUGGUCUGGAGGAGGAGGAGGCGGCGGUGGAGGAGGAGUCCGUUGACCCCGGCAGCGACGCGUGCGGUCUGCACGUCGAGCAGAACUGCAGCGUCGUGAUCACUGACGACGAACACUUGAGGGUUAAUGAAGCGUUCGUGUACGAGAUGAUGGAGCAGGCGGGCUUCGGGAGCAUGCAGGACGCCUACGUGUCCUCGCAGGAGGGCGACGGGGGUGGCAGCGCUCCCACAAUGCUUUGCUUCAUGAUGUGCGAGGGCGGGGAGACUGACGCAGCGUUCCAGCUGGCCGGGGGGGACGGUGGUGACGCCGCGGGGGCGGCACCGGAGGUUGAGCACCUCUCGCUCGCCGCGGUGGCGGACGAUCAGGAGGGCCAGGAAACCUCCACGGAGACGAACAACGCGAAGAGCGCGGCGAUGGAGGGCGGCGGCGUUCCGCCCGGCGACUGGGAGGGGGCGGCACCCACCAUCUCGGAUGGUCACAUGACCUCGUGGGCAGCACCAGUGGGCGCGCCGAGCCCCGAGUGGCCUCUCGCCGCCGCCGCCGAGGCCGCGCCGGGCUCGCCGGAAACACCGGACGUCUUGCCGAGGGAGGCCCCGAGCGGCGCGAGCGGCGACCUCCUGACCCCCGAGUCGGGCCUCGACACCGUCGAAGAGGAGGGGGGUUCGGUCGCCGAGCCGGCCGAACCAACGGUUCCAACCGUGCCGGUGUCAGUUUUAACUGAGGCGGCCGGCUCUGGGGUCGCGGUUGACGACGGUGGCCAGGCCGAUCCGGUGCAACUGCCGGCAACCGCGAUCGCCGGCGAUGCAGGCACGGUACCGCGGCCCAGGAGGCCUCGUUCCGACGUGGCAGACGGCCCCCCGGCGAAACGGCACGCCGCGGACACCACGCCGGGCCCGCCGGAAGCUCCAGACGUCCCGUCGAGAGAACCCGCGAGCGACUCCGACGAACUGACCCUUGAGUUGGGCCGCGGCACCGGCAAAGACGAGGCGCCGGUCGCAGAAUCGGCCGACCCCGUCGUCUCGCCGGCGCCGCCCGGUUCGACCGAGGCGCCGGCUGCCGACGACGACGGACGGUCCGAUUCGGCGCGACCGCAGCCGACUCGGAGCGCCGGCGAUGCCAAGAAGGGCGGCGCCGACGUGACGCCGCCGGCCAGGAGGGCGCGCUUCGCCAAGCCCAGGCCGAACCUCGCCGCGUGCAGCGCGCGCCGGCCGGCGGGGUCGGCCGGCACGGCUAAGCCGGCGCAGGUCGGCCCGCUGGGAGCGGUGAAGUGAAUCCGGCGCGUGGACAAAGUCGAUGCAGAUGAGUGUCGGCGAUUAGCGAGCCGCCUCGCCGUCGGGAGCCGUGGUAAAUGAUUCGUCGGCGUUAAUCGGCGUACGAAUGACGUUCGUAGUCGUGUUGGAAGGGAACGGCAUAUGUGCCCGGGAGGGAGGGACGCGCGCCGCGGAGAUGGAGCGAUGAGAUCGGCUCUCGUGCGAGAGUUUGAUGGAAUGUUGUAGCGCGGGAGCCGACGAUCAGCCCCUUUGUGAAUCUACUGCUGGAUGAAAUUCCAAGGUGCCAUAUCGUUGCUUGCACGGAGACGACAGAUGAGCAAAUUUGGACGAAGUUCCAUCUGUUUCCAUCUGUGUCGGUCUUAAAUACUCUGGCUGUCGCCUGAUGAUGCCGGUUGUAAUUACCGGCGAAACGUCGUACUCGAAUUGUGAAUGUUGUGGAUUUGCUCUCCAACACACCGGCGUGCUGAACUAGUAACGAAUUGCCACGUUUUGUUUACGUGACAAACCUCUUAGGGAUAAUUUUUAGGGAUAGAGCGUUGCGUUUUUUCUCUGGGCGCUCCGGUUUCCUCCUUUACAUGCAUCGGCACUCAUUAAAUGGCUGAAAACAACUCGAUACGUAGAGGACCGCAGAGUCGUUCUCUCUGUAAAAAAAAAAAUAUUAAAUGUAAAAUAAGCACCGUUUCUUUACUCAUUAUUUACUUACCUUUAUUGCGCUAUUGGUUGCUGCGCGGUUUCAAUUUUGCUCUGCUCAGUCAGUGUUAAGCCGCUGAGGUCGUGACGGGUAUUUUUUUUCAUUCCUCUUGCUCCCCCGGUGCCAUUCCAUUGCAACAUGCACCGACGCCUUACUUUAUUGAGGGCGACAUUGGCAAUGAAGUACAGAUUGAUUUAUUGACCUCAACUCGGGAGCGAGUACGAUUUGAAACAAUCAUUAUGAUUGUUAAACGUCGGGUGAUUCUGCGUGUGCAGAGACACUGGUGCCCAGGAGGGGAUCGGCGGAGUGGCUUCUUCUCAGUCGGCAUCGUGACUGAGGUCUGAGCCGGCUCGGCUAGCGGAGGCGCCGGCGGCGCCGGGGGGCUGGGCGGGAAGGCCGGGCCCGGCGGAGUAGAGAGAGACGCGAUCGUGAACCUCGCGUUCUCAUGCCACUCUCGUCAACACACACAGGCACACACGCGCACGCGUGUACGGCCGCGCUAACGACGGCGAGCGGACUUUAAAUUGUCGGUGCGCAGCUCGUGUUUGUGUUUUUUUCCUUCACCACGCAUUCUUUUUUUUUACGAUAAUUUUCACCGAACGUGUACCCCGCCCUUUGCCGUCGCGGCGUCGUCAGAUGGAUGCGGCGACCGCUCAGAGGUCUCGCGGUGGAGGAGAAAAAAACGUCGCCGAACUACUUCUGAAGGUCCCCUUGACAUUUCGUCGUAUCCACGCCUGCGUCGGUGCGCCUACUCGCACGCUCUGCCCCGGACGUGUUUGUCACGCGGCAAACCGGAAAUGCCGUGAAUCCUCGUAAUAUCUGGAAAUACGCCAAAAUAAGUGAAAACCAAACCGCGGUGCGCGUGUAUAAAUGUGUUUGUGUCGGUAACCGGGCUGAGACCAUCGGCUCUCCGCGACGUCUCCGUCUUGAAGCCCGAACUAGAGCCCAGGAUCCUCGGCGGUGCCGGCUACGUGUCCGUGACGCGCGAUGACGGCGGUGAGCCGCCGACCGCCUCCAACCGCAUUCAUCUCCCCGCGAACACGAUUGAUCAAUUGCGUUUGCCGUGGUGUGUACCAACGUGCGCGCCAGGUCGCCCCGUGUGGAUGCAGGACUACGUGUGCGGGUGGUUGGCAUGAGAGGGCAGUACCAGCAGAAUCCAUAUUUAUACCGUACUUCUAUGCUCCCCUCCCGAUCCCCCCACUGCCUGCGGCACACACUGACCAGCAUAGUGAAGUCUGGUCAAACGACUCCCAGGACCUGUACCCCCGUCCGACAUGAACUGUCCGUGUGCACGCGUGUCCAUGUGCACGCCGUGUACGUGUGUCGCACGCACAAUCAUUUGGCUCAUCGAAGCCCUCCCGUGUGACAGACGAAGUGAGCUUCAAGAGAAGCGUUUUUUGAGGAGUUGUGAGUUUGUUGUCCCAGAAUUUUAUUGUAGACACAUUGACAUUAUCGAGAAAAACAAAACAUUGUAUUUAUAAAGUCUCUGCGCGUCUCUCCCACCAAUCUCAACGCAGUUCGGGCCACGGCUGAAUUCAGUACCACAGGUGUUUGCAAAUUAAUUUGACGGAUGGGCUAUUGCAUAAUUCUUGUCCAUUGGCGAUUUAAAGUUGAGUCUUUUUUUUGGUAGCGAAAGGUUAAAUAUUUGGCCUGGCCUCGGACUAAGUUAUUAAAUCUUCUAACUCUCUCCCCCUGUAAGACCGGGCUGGAGCCAUCGCAUCCAAAAUAUUCAGCCGCAUGUUGGGAAGUCUCCGAGUUGCAUUAUAAAUCAGUGGGGCAUCUGGAAGUUACCACAUUUUAUUGGAGUCGUUUCCAGUGUGUUCAGGAAAGCCUCGAGUGAGUCUCAUGAAUUUCAAGAGGGGGGUCUUACUAUUGUAACGUUGGGCCAAUUCCUUGUUUAGUAUUUUAGUUUUUCACCUUGCACCAAAAAAUAACUUGGGAAGAGCAGUCGGCCGGUGGGUUAUCAAACCGCGCGACGAACUCGGUGAGCCGCAGUUGGAUUUCCGGCCACGGCUAACGUCACCAGGCCUCGGCUUACUCCCCGCUCCCCCCACCCCCGCACAAACCAGCGUGGUGAAGUAUGAUCAAGCAACCACCUCAGCUGACGCGGCGUAGGGAGGUCUUCAUCCAGCAUUGAUUUUACAAAGGCUUGGAAGUUGUAUAUUAUUGCUAUCUUACGCGAAUUAUAAGAAGAAAAAUAAUCAUUUCAGGCUGCACCAAGGAAGGGGAGGUUUGGAGACCGAUCCAGUGAUGAUUCCGACAGUGUUUUUCGUUUUGUAAAACCUUUUUAAUUUAUUGUCGCUUACGUUAUUUAAUUCGACGUUGAGUAGCUGCCGUGUCGCGGUGCUGACCGAUGUUUGUUGUUCCUGGCGCCGCCUGUCCCAAUCUUCGCGCUCUCAUCACCGCGCCCCGUGCCGUCUUGUGGCUGCUGAAGGGAAGACGCGAGAACUCGCGGCUCUGUUUGCCACCGUAAAACACGAGCCGUGCCGCCUACGUCGGGACUGUCUGAACGGACAUUGCGUCAGUCCGUGGGCCAGAGGUCGCAAACGGGUUUUGAUUCCUUACCCGUACCCGGCCACACCAGGGUCGCAAACGGCUACCCGUACCCGUACCCGGCCGGGUACGGGUAGUUGGGUAUCGGGUAGGGUACGGGUAUCGGGUACCCGGUUGCGACCUCUGCUGUGGGCUGAAUAACAGUGUACAAUGGAGAGUUUUUAACCCCCCCCCCCGCAUCUGGCCCUGCUUGGCCCCAGACCAGAUUGCAUGCGUCUUGCGAAGCCCCCUCCUCCCCCCAGCGUAUGACGCUUUGGUGCUGGCUUGAAAAAUGAAAUUAAAAUGAAUAAAAAUAAAAUAAUCAUAAUAAAAUUAACUUAUAAAUUUUAAUUUCAUUUUUUACCUACGUGACUUUACCGAAAAACCUAAGAGUGAAUCCUUGCAGUCACGAAAGCUUCAAAUCUAGUGGAAAACCACCCGUACCACGAGGGGCGGGCCCCCCUCUUUGGCUCCGAGACCUGAGGCUACGGUGGCGUGACAUCACAAGCGCGUUGUGUAGCUAGCGGUGCUGCUACGCUGGGACCCACAGGCCGGAUGGGCCCCCAGAGAAAUUGGACGGAGCGGGGGGGGGGGGCAGGCCUCAUUUCAAUUCCUUGCACGGGGGGGCCCACCUGUGUGCCCGGUUGCAUGAAGGGUAAAUUCAUGAACCUGCGAUUGUAGAAACGUGUCCACUGGCUGCCAUGUUUUCCAGAGUGUUGCUGGAUAAUCGAGAAGAAAAAAUCGCUUGGCACGCGCUGUGUUUGUUGUUCGGCAUGAUGUCUGACGUUUCGCUGCCGCAACCGCGUCCCUGAAGAUCCUCUCGAUGCGCGGCUUGACCCGAACGCGCUCCAGCGAACCACGUAGCACAACCGUCAAAUAGUUGUCAAAAGAGUAAAUCGCUUGAUUCGAUUGAGAAAAUAACCACUGGAGUUUUUAGAUCCAACACUUGAUUAAUCCGGCAUUAAAACAAGCUUAUUUUGUUGCGUUGACUUGAGUAUUAUGCACGUUUUGAUUGUGUGUUUUUAAAUUUGCGGUGCCAUUCGUGGAGAUGUGCGCUAUGAACUUAUUUAAACAAAUUUUUAUGCUGCCACUAAUGUUAAAGCACCGGACCUCUUAACAAUGGAGAUUUUACAGAUGUUUGAGAAACGUCAGCUCCGAAGCUACGCUCGGGAUUUAUCAAACAAACCUUUGUAUGUUUUUGUACAAAAGAAUACGUAAUAUGUACAGCGCAAAUCAAAAGUGCUCACUGCCUAUGUUAAUAAAUCUUGCUUGCAAUGUUUA